AUGCCCUUUCGUCGCUCAGCUUAUCAUCUUCACAUUCGUGUGGAAUUGCCCUUGCGCCGGCCUUAUUCCCUCUCCCCUCCUGUCCUGUCGCCCUCUCUCUCGCCCCUCCAUUCCCGUCGCGCUCUCUCUCUCUCCGCGCCCUUCUUGUCGCCCUCUCUCUCGCCCCUCUCAUCUCGUCGCGCUCUCUCUAUCCGCGCCCUUCCCAUCGCCUCCCUUCCCAUUGCGCGCUCUCUCUCCCCUCCCUUCCCGUCGCCCUCUCUCUCGCCCCUCUCAUCUCGUCGCGCUCUCUCUAUCCGCGCCCUUCCCGUCGCCUCCCUUCCCGCCGCCCUCUCUCUCUCCCCUCCCUUCCCGUCGCCCUCUCUCUCCCCCUUGACAAAAUACUAG